ACCAUCUAGACGAUGUGGAAGUCGUUCGUGUGUCCCAGAUCUGAGCUAAAACUGAGCACUACACUUGCCUGCGGGCAAUCCUUCAGAUGGAGAGAAAAAAAUCCUGGUGAGUGGAUUGGAGUGUUGGCUGGGAGAGUGUGGCUGCUAUCACAAGAUGAUGAUCAGAUAUAUUUCAAAACAUUUGGAAACUCAAUACGACAGGACAAGCCCUUGUCAAAUGUUGGAAGAAAAAGGCAAACAAAAGCUAACCUUAACACCGCUUUAAGUGACAAAGGAGUCAGUUCAAUUCCUGAAGAUAAUGUUUGCACUGCAGCAGAAAAAGAGACUUUACGGGACUAUUUUCAGCUUUCUGUCAGCUUAGUGGAGCUGUACAACUCUUGGUCGAAGAGUGAUCUUAAUUUCCAUCAGACAGCUAGAAAUUUUGAUGGAAUCCGUAUGUUACGACAAGAUCCGGUGGAAAACCUCUUCUCUUUUAUUUGUUCCUCAAACAAUCAUAUUUCAAGAAUCAGUCAGAUGGUUGAGCGACUCUGUCAGACUUACGGUGAUAAAAUCAUUGAUGUUGAUGGCUAUUCAUUUCAUGCCUUUCCAUCUGUCAAACCACUAGCAUCAGAUGAUGUUGAGCAGGAGUUACGUGCCCUUGGAUUUGGAUAUAGAGCCAAGUAUAUCAACCAGACAGCCAAGCAUAUAAUGCAGUAUCAUGAUGAGAACUGGUUAUAUAGUCUAAGAUCUCUUCCUUACAAGGAAACAAAAACAGAACUAAUGAAGCUUUGUGGAGUUGGAGCAAAGGUGGCCGACUGUGUAUGUCUGAUGUCUCUGGAUAAAGCAGAGGCUGUUCCCGUGGAUACCCAUGUGUGGCAGAUAGCUGCCAGGGACUACAUGCCCAAACUGAAGCAGGCCAAGAGCCUCACAGACAAGCUGUAUGGGGAAAUAGGAGACCAUUUUAGGGGACUGUGGGGAGACUACGCUGGAUGGGCACAUUCAGUGCUCUUCACAGCAGACUUAAAACAGUUUAAAGAGGAAAAAUCUUCAGAGAAACUGACUGAAAAGAAAUGUCAAGGAAAGCGAAAGGUGGAAAGUGAUAGUUUUUUGACUAGGAAAGGCAAGAAAAAAGUGAAGUAAUAGAACCUGCUGGAGUACAGGUUUUGUAAAGGAAUGAUUACACAGUGCCCAUUCCUGUUGUUCCAUCAGUGAUCAUCCUCCAGUGGAAAAUUCUUUGUUGUUUGUCAUACUCAAGAAUUCCUUUAAUUAUGUGGUGGUGGUCAGUUUUGUGAUUGGAGGAAACCACAAUGCAAGGCGUAAACCACCAACCUUUGGCAAGUUAUUGAUGAAAUUUCCUACAGGAGGCAUGUGCAGACAUGCACACCAUAUUGAUGGAAGACAAGUGGUGUCCAAUGAAGACAGACUGAGCCAUUUAUUGUCAGCAAGCUAGGCCUCAAGAACAGAUCUCCUGCCCAAGGUCGGGAAUCAAGGAAAAUCUUGUGUGAAGUGUUCCUAUGGCACAUCUACGAUUAAUAUCAUACUGAUACUGUGUAAGUAAUUAACUCAAGACAAUAUUUUACAGAAAAUCCAAUUUUUUAAACGCAUGAAACGGGUAUAGCAGGUAUGUAGAUGUACAUCAACUGAACGUAAUAAAUCAUUUUUGUAGUUUUAGGAAAAGGAUUAGUCUUUAUCCAUUAAAAAUGUACUUCAGUGCCAAAGUUGUGGCUGUACUCUACAAUAUCUUGUUUAUAUGCUUUACGAAUACAAAACUUCUGGUUUUACUACACCACCUGGAAAUGAUCAUAGCUUGAACUGUAUAGCUUGUAGUGCAGUAUCUCUUAUGUCAUCAAUAUCACAUGUAAAUAAAUGAUUUAAUAUUUUUUAA